GCCUUCGCUCUCGCUCCCCGACUAAUUCUCAUAUUCUCAAUCUCAACGGCUUCGCUUUCUUUCUUGUCAGCCACCGGCAGACUCAUUUACUAUUUUUUCUUUCUUGUUGAUUCGUACUUUUUGGUACCUUCGUGGUAAAUUUUCUUGGCAGACUACAUUCAAAUCCUGUACGCUCAAUUUCGACUCUUUCUGAGGUUUCUGGAGUUGGACUAUUUCGAAGGGAAAUGGAUUUUGGUGAGAAAAUCGUGUUGGGUUUGGUUUGAGAAUGAAUUAUUGUUAUGAUAUGGACGGUGGAGUUCUAGAUUUAGAUUCUCUGCCACCAAAUAUUGUCAUCGGAUGCCGACGCCUAUUGCGAUCGGCAUUCGAUUCGUUUAGCUUCAACACCGCAUCCCAAGCUUUCUCUGAGAGUGAUUGUUCUUUCAUUCCGACUGGGUUUGAUAAUCAGCGUGGGCUUUGACCCCAAGCGUUAUUGAGUUACAUCUAACAAAAGAGAAAUCAUUGGCUUUUUUGUUUAGUCGUUGGAUUUUCAGCACGGAAUGAAUCCGGAUGCUGCAGACAAUGGACAUAGGGCAAGGAAGCCUCCCGAGUACGAGGAAGAUUUUGUAGAGAAAGAUCCUACUGGCCGCUAUAUUCGGUACAAUGAAAUCUUGGGCAAGGGUGCCUUCAAGACUGUUUAUAGGGGAUUUGAUGAAGUUAAUGGGAUAGAAGUUGCUUGGAACCGAAUUAGGAUUGAUGAUCUCCAGCAGUCGGCAGAAGAUUUAUCAAAAUUAUAUUCUGAAGUUCAUCUUUUGAAGUCUUUAAAGCAUGAAAAUAUCAUUAAGUUCUAUAAUUCCUGGAUUGAUGACAAGAAGAAAACUGUUAACAUGAUUACUGAGCUCUUCACCUCUGGAAAUUUGAGGCAAUACCGUGUGAGGCAUAGAUCUGUUGACAUGAAAGCUAUAAAGAAUUGGGCUAGACAGAUUCUUCGAGGCUUAGCAUAUCUACAUGGUCACAAGCCUCCUAUUAUUCACAGAGACUUGAAAUGUGACAACAUCUUUGUGAAUGGAAACCAAGGAGAGGUUAAAAUAGGAGACCUUGGCCUGGCAAUUAUCUUGAAGCAGUCAACAGCUCGCAGUGUCAUUGGCACUCCCGAGUUUAUGGCUCCAGAGCUAUAUGAAGAAGAGUACAAUGAACUUGUUGACAUCUAUUCUUUUGGGAUGUGCAUGUUAGAGAUGGUUAAUUUAGAGUAUCCCUAUAUUGAGUGUAAAAAUCCAGCUCAGAUCUUUAAAAAAGUUACUUCUGGCAUCAAGCCUGCUUCGCUUAGUAAAGUGAAGGACUCUCAAAUUAAGGAGUUCAUUGAAAAAUGCAUUGUUUCAGCCUCUCAGAGAUUGUCUGCAGAGGAGCUCCUCAAAGAUCCAUUUCUCCAAGUUGAGAGUCCAAGGGGACCAAUCCGGGAUCCUCUGCAUUUACCUUGUCAAAACCCAAAAGCUAUGGAUAUGUCUAAUUCUGAUCCUCUCUCUAUGGACAUAGAUGUUGAAUACAAACAGACUUUCAAGAGUAUAAACACAGAUAGUAACUCUGGAAGUCCUCGUAGUCCCGUUCUAGAAUUUCAGAGGACAUAUAAGAACAAUGAAUUUAGGUUAAAAGGGACCAAAAAUGAUGAUACCUCAAUAUCAUUGACAUUGCGUAUUGCUGAUUCAGAUGGUCAGGUGAGGAAUAUACAUUUUCUCUUUUACCUUGAUUCAGAUACUGCGCUCUCCGUUGCCUCAGAGAUGGUUGAGCAACUAGAGCUGGCAAAUCAUGAUGUUGUCUUCAUAGCUGAGCUUAUUGAUUAUUUGAUUAUGAGACUUAUGCCAGGGUGGAAGCCCUCUUCUGAUUAUUCCUCAAGUGGAGGAGUAAGUCUCAGCGGGGGUUCUCCGAUACUUAGGGAUGGACAAACUAUAACAGCAUGCCCAUGGGAUUCUAUUCCAGAUAGUGUUCCCUCUGGAUGGCGUAAUGAUCAAAAGACUUUGUAUGACAAUGUUGAUAAUGCCAAUUUUCAGACUUAUUUUUCAUCUUCUCUUGGUUUGACUAACUUGGAAGAUCAACAAUCACUGGGAACUGCAACUUCCGAGAUAGCUGUGGAAAGCACGUCUGUGCAAAGCUUAUGUCUAUCCACCUCAAAGUUGGAGCCAGGACAUACACAUUUCGAGCACAGUACCAAUGUUGAAGAGGACAUAGUGAUGAAUAAAUUCAGAGAGAACUCAAAGCCAGCAACUCCAGUGUUUAGCCCGGCGUCUAAUAUUUUGAGCUUGACAAGUAACUGUUCUCUUCUAUCCUUGGCAGAAAAAGAUACUGAUGUUGAGCUAAAGCUGGAACUUGAUGCAAUUGAGGCACAGUAUCAGCAAUGGUUUGAGGAGCUUUCUAGGAUGAAAUUGGAAGCAUUAGAAGCCACCAGGAAGAGAUGGUCUAACAAGAAAAAGUUGGCCGCUCACUGAUUCUUGAUCUUCUAGAAAGAAAUUUAUAGUUUAAAGUUGUAUUUCGUUUCAAACUUUUUAUGGUGUAUGUGUUGGAUGAGGCUCUUUUUUUUGGAAGCCUGUUCCUCACUAAGCCCAUUUCCAAUGUUUUGAAAAUCUGAAAUGCAAGUUUUUUUUUUUUUUCAAAAGCAAAAAUUGUAGCUUUUCCCAUUUCACUUCUUGUAGAAUUAUUUUCUUGUUUUGAAUGAAUUUUGUUCUUAUUUUUG